UACCCACAGGGAGCGCUGUCGCCCCGCAUCGCCGCGCUGCACCCGGGGGACUCGCUCCUCGUGCGGGGCCCGGUCGGUGGCGCGGCCAGGCUGGCUCCCGCUGUCCAUGCCGUCGGCUUCGUGGCUGGAGGCACGGGAAUCACGCCCAUGCUUCAAGUGAUCUACUCUCUCGUGCGCUCUCGCAGCGCACUGCCGCGCCUGCGGCUCCUGUGCUUCAACCGACGGGCGGAAGACAUCCUUGUGGCCGACGAGCUGGCGGAGCUGAGCGCUGCCCACCCGGAGCAGCUGCGCGUCUUCCACUCCCUCAGUGAUCCGCCCGCGGCCUGGAGCGGAGGCCGAGGCCGCCCGAGCAAGGAGAUGCUGCAGGCGCAGCUGCCACCCCCCGCUCCGCACGUGCGAGUGUUGUGGUGCGGCCCGCCGGCCUUCAACUCGACGGUGAGGGAGCUGCUUGGCGAACUCGGAUACGCUGACGGGAUGCUGCACGAGUUC